CUGUUUAUUAUGGUCAAUGCCCGUAAACCUAGAAUAGAGUGUUCAUCAUCGUUGCCGUGAGGUUAUUCUGCUAUUUUUUGUUGAAAUGGCUGAUGAGAGACCUACGCCUAGGGAUGAAGACAUCCCGGGCGGAUUUCCUGUCACGCCAAGCGUCAACUCGAUUGAUCAGAUUACCCCAACGGGAAAUAUCGAUAGACAACUUGAGGCCGGGUUUGCGGGCCGUGAUACUGCGGCAAGCCCUGGCUUUACGACGUACGAUCAUGUCACCGCCGGCAGUUCAGCGGCAUUGGGCACUACAGCCUCAUCUGGCGCGACUGGGGCGUUAACCUCUGAGCCCCAACAGCAACACGCGCCUGUUCUCGAUCGCAAUUCUUCAUCAAGCACUGUUCUUCCACGUGGCGAAUCUGAAGAAAAGCGCAAGAGUGUAUCUUCUGCCAACGACGACGCACCCGACGAACCAAUCUUUGCCCCGAUCAAAUCGCACACCGAAAAUGAGAAACCUCCCCUCGAGAAGCGCAAGUCUCAUCGCACUGAAGAUGAUCUCUUCCGCGUCCUCUCCCGUCGUCGCACCAACGCUUCAACACCCGCUGAAAAAGAAGAAGAAAACGAAGAUAAUGAAGAACUCGACCGUCUCAUGUCUCGUAUCUUUGGCCAAAAGCGCCAGCAGCAGAGCGAAGAGGAAAAGACGCGACAUAGCGGUGUUGUCUUUCGUAACCUCACUGUUCGCGGUGUUGGUCUCGGGUCGAGUCUUCAACCUACUGUUGGGGAUUUCUUCCUAGGCCUGCCGCGAAAACUGGGAAAGUUAUUUACCCAAGGACCGAAAGCUGCGAUGGCGAAACCACCUGUCAGAGACCUCAUCAGCAACUUCGACGGCUGUGUGAGACCAGGUGAAUUACUCCUUGUUCUUGGACGUCCAGGCGCAGGAUGCAGUACAUUCCUCAAAACAUUCUGCAACCAACGCGCAGGCUUCGAAUCCGUCGAAGGACAAGUAACAUACGGCGGAACGGACGCAUCGACAAUGGCGAAAGACUUCCGCGGCGAGAUCAUCUACAACCCCGAAGACGACCUCCACUACGCAACCCUCUCUGUAAAGCGCACCCUCACCUUCGCGCUGCAGACCCGCACACCAGGCAAAGAAUCCCGUCUCGAAGGUGAAACACGACAAGACUACGUCCGCGAGUUUCUGCGCGUCGUCACAAAGCUCUUCUGGAUCGAACACACCCUCGGCACAAAAGUCGGCAACGAAUUUAUUCGAGGUGUUUCUGGCGGCGAGCGCAAGCGCGUCUCCAUCGCAGAAGCCAUGAUUACGCGCGCUUCGGUACAGGGCUGGGAUAAUUCCAGUAAAGGCCUUGAUGCGAGUACGGCGGUGGAGUACGUAAAGUCUAUUCGCGCUAUGACGAACAUGGCUGAUACGUCGACGGCUGUUUCGCUCUAUCAAGCUGGUGAGACGCUGUACGACCUCGUUGAUAAGGUAUUGCUCAUCGAUGAGGGAAAAUGUCUUUACUACGGGCGCGCAGAAGAUGCGAAGAAGUAUUUCAUGGAGCUGGGAUUUGAGUGUCCUGAGCGGUGGACUACAGCUGAUUUUCUGACGAGUGUGACGGAUGAGCAUGAACGCAGUGUUCGCGAGGGCUGGGAAGAUCGGAUCCCGCGCACGGCGGGGGAGUUCUCUGAUGCAUACCGCCGCAGCGAGGAUUAUCAGAAGAAUCUUCGUGAUAUCGAUGAGUUUGAGGCUGAGCUUGAGACGUUGGCGGAGGAGCGGAGGAGGAAUGAGAGUGAGAAGAGCAAGAAGAAGAACUAUGAGAUUGCGUUCCACAAACAGGUCUUGGCCUGCACGCACCGCCAGUUCCUCGUCAUGUUUGGUGACAAAGCGUCUCUGUUUGGAAAAUGGGGCGGUUUGUUGUUCCAAGGUCUUAUUGUCGGUUCGCUCUUCUACAAUCUUCCCGACACAGCGGCUGGAGCUUUUCCUCGUGGUGGUGCACUUUUCUUUCUUCUUCUCUUCAACGCCCUUCUCGCGCUCGCUGAACAAACCGCCGCAUUCGAGUCAAAGCCUAUUCUCCUCAAGCACAAAUCCUUCUCGUUCUACCGCCCUUCUGCAUUCGCCAUCGCCCAGACAGUCGUUGAUGUCCCGCUUGUUUUUAUACAAGUCAUCAUCUUCAACGUCAUCAUCUACUUCAUGGCCAACCUCGCGCGAACGGCGUCGCAGUUUUUCAUCUCGUGUCUUAUUCUUUGGCUCGUCACUAUGGUGACGUAUGCGUUCUUCAGGGCUAUCUCAGCGUGGUGCGGGACGUUGGAUGUCGCGACGAGGUUUACUGGUGUUGCGAUUCAGAUUCUCGUUGUAUAUACGGGUUAUCUUAUUCCGCCGGACUCGAUGCAUCCUUGGUUUGGCUGGCUACGUUGGAUCAAUUGGAUUCAGUAUGGUUUUGAGUGUCUCAUGGCCAAUGAGUUCGCUUACCUUACUCUCCAAUGCGAACCGCCGUAUCUUGUACCGCAAGGUCCGAAUGCGCGACCUCAGAACCAAGGCUGUACUCUUGCGGGUGCAUCGCUUGGCUCAACUUCUGUAUCUGGUGCCGCGUAUAUCCAAGAAUCCUUUACAUACACCCGUUCCCACCUCUGGCGCAACUUCGGCUUUCUCUGGGCGUUCUUUAUCCUUUUCGUGUUCCUCACUGCUCUUGGUAUGGAACUUAUGAAGCCCAACGUCGGCGGCGGCGCAAUCACCGUCUUCAAGCGAGGACAAGUUCCUAAAAAGGUCGAAGAGUCCAUCGCAACAGGCGGUCGAGCCAAGGGCGAUAAGCAUGAUGAAGAGUCUGGCCGCAGUGAUCCUGUCGCGAACGGUGAUGCUGAACGUACCAAGAGCGACGAACAGAUCACCCAAGAAGUCGCCAAGAAUGAAACAGUGUUUACGUUCCAGAACAUCAAUUACACGAUUCCCUACGAGAAAGGCGAGCGGAAACUUCUCAACGAUGUUCAAGGCUAUGUUCGCCCUGGUAAAUUAACUGCUCUGAUGGGCGCAUCUGGCGCUGGCAAAACAACUCUUCUCAACGGUCUCGCCCAACGUCUCAACUUCGGCACCAUCACAGGCGACUUUCUCGUCGACGGGCGUCCCCUGCCAAAAUCCUUCCAGCGCGCAACUGGCUUCGCUGAACAAAUGGACAUCCACGAACCCACCGCCACCGUGCGCGAAGCCCUCCAAUUUUCUGCUCUACUUCGUCAACCAAAAGAAGUAUCGAAGCAGGAAAAAAUGGAGUAUUGUGAGACUAUCAUUGAUCUACUUGAGAUGCGCGAUAUUGCUGGUGCGAUCAUCGGUACAGUUGGACAAGGUCUUAACGCAGAGCAGCGCAAGCGCUUGACGAUUGGUGUUGAACUAGCGUCAAAGCCGGAAUUGCUUAUGUUUUUGGAUGAACCCACUUCUGGUCUUGACUCAGGCGCUGCAUUUAACAUCGUACGCUUCUUGAGAAAACUCGCAGACGCAGGGCAAGCUGUUCUCUGUACGAUCCAUCAACCCUCCGCUGUUCUCUUCGAAAACUUCGACGAGCUCUUGCUUCUCAAAUCAGGCGGUCGCGUCGUCUACCACGGACCUUUGGGCCAUGAUUCAGAGAACUUGAUUAAUUACUUCGAGUCCAACGGCGGUCCCAAGUGUCCCCCGCACGCAAAUCCAGCGGAAUACAUGCUCGAUGCAAUUGGUGCUGGAAAUCCUGACUACGAUGGUCAAGACUGGGGCGAUGUCUGGGCAGAGUCUUCAGAGCGACAGAAGCGCUCGCAGGAGAUUGAGGAGAUGAUUGAACGUCGCCGAAACGUUGAACCAUCAAAGAGUCUCAAAGAUGAUCGCGAGUACGCCAUGCCUUUAUCUACACAGACAUACGCCGUCGUUCGUCGAAGCUUCGUUUCGUUCUGGCGCUCACCUGAUUACAUCUUUGGCAAUUUUAUGCUUCACAUCGCAACCGGUCUCUUCAACUGUUUCACGUUCUACAAGAUCGGUUUCGCAUCGAUUGAUUACCAGAACAGGCUGUUCUCCAUUUUUAUGACGCUCACGAUUAGUCCACCUCUUAUCCAGCAGCUCCAGCCCGUCUUCCUCAAAUCGCGUCAGAUCUUCCAGUGGAGAGAGAACAACGCCAAGAUCUACAGCUGGGUAGCUUGGACUACAGCCGUUGUCGUCGUUGAGAUUCCGUAUCGUAUUGUCGCGGGUGGUAUUUACUUCAAUUGCUGGUGGUGGGGCGUUUUCGGCUGGCGCGCAUCUGCUUUUACCUCUGGCUUUGCAUUCUUGCUCGUUCUGCUUUUUGAGCUUUACUACGUCUCCUUCGGCCAAGCCAUCGCUGCUUUCGCGCCCAAUGAGCUCCUCGCAUCUCUUCUUGUCCCCAUCUUCUUCCUCUUCGUCGUCUCCUUCUGCGGCGUCGUCGUCCCGCCACAAGGUCUUCCUACCUUCUGGCGCGAAUGGAUGUACUGGCUCACUCCCUUCCACUACCUCCUCGAAGCCUUCCUCGGCGCUGCGAUUCACGACCAGCCCGUUCGCUGCGAGGAGGGCGAAUUUGCUCGUUUUGAGCCGCCGAGCGGUCAAUCGUGCGACGAGUAUGUUGAGCCAUUUAUUCAGCGCGCUGGAGGGUAUGUAACCACUGGCUCAGAUGGAUACUGUGAGUUCUGCCAGUAUGCUACUGGUGAUGAGUUUGGAGCAGGUUUCAGUGUGUAUUAUAGGAAUAUCUGGAGGGACUUUGGCAUUUUCUGCGCUUUCAUCGCGUUUAAUUAUGCGGUGGUUUACUUUGCUACGUGGAUGCGCUUCAGAGGCAAGAAUCCGUUCAAGGGACUGUUGCAGAAGAGGAAGGCUUAGAUUGAGUUCGCAGGAGGUAGAUAUGGUGACGCUUUGAGUGGGUUUGUUGUAAUAUGGAAUCAGGUGGUCUAGAUUGUUUAUAUGGAUAGAUUGAAUUGAUCGUGUUGCGCCUUGAAUUGUUACUUCUUGUGAAGGUUAGUGACGCCGAUAAGAUGGAAAUAAGGAUAAGGUUG